CUUUUCUUCACCACAGCCCGACUCACGCUCGAUAAGAAUUAUUGAGAGGAAUUCCGGAGAAAGUGUUCACUACCGUAUCCCAACCCUCUUACCUGCCAGCAUCCAUUACCCUACCGCUGCAAGGCCAACACAUAGCAAAUCACAUCAGAUCAAGGAAGAGUGGCCUGGAGCUGGGGUUGGGUUGGGGCAACACAUAAAGAAAAGAAAAGAAAAGAAAGGCUUGUGUGUCACGAUCGAAGGGAAACGCCGGAGGAACGGGCUUGCAUAUCGAUAAGCCUAACCCCACAACACACCCUUCUCACCCUAAGCACAACCCCCGUCGCUCAUCUUUUCACCAAACUGGAUACCGUGCAUGAUCAGUCAAUCAGCAAUUCUUGGCGUUAACCUUCCUCAUCUCUGAUUGCUACAUCUAAGUCUUAGUCCACCAUGGCUACUGAAGUUCCGGAUCCACACCAACUUCACGCAGCUCUGCAGACGGCAGUACUGAAAUGUUCCGAGCGAUGCCUUUACCAGGCAGCUAAAUGGGCAGCAGAGGCCUUAACAUCUAUGCCACCACUUGUUCCGCAAAAUGAUACACCUCUCCCGCAAACUUAUCUCUAUCCUACUUCCCCUUAUGAGAAAGAAGCUAGAUUGCAAGCCGGCGAACUCCCAACAUACUUGUUAUCGAAAUCCUACUUUGAUGUUCACGAAUAUGACCGUUCGUCUGCGGUUUUAGCGAACUGCAAGUCCUCCAAGUCACGCUUCCUGCACCUUUAUGCACAAUACAUUGCCGGCGAGAAACGCCGUGAUGAGGAGAGUGAAAUGAUAUUGGGACCUCUAGAUACAGCAGCUACACAAAAUCGUGAAGUGCAGAGUAUCCUGUCAAUUCUGGAAGCGAUAUUCGCAGAGAAGGGGGACGAUAUCAACGAAGACGAUUCCUGGCUACUAUAUCUCUACGGAAUCGUAUUGUUGAAGCAAAAAAAUGAGGACGAAGCUCGGGCAUCAUUUAUCAAGAGUGUGAACCUAUACCCAUACAACUGGUCAGCGUGGCUAGAAUUGGGCUCAACACUGGGAAACCUCGGAGAUCUAAACAACAUCCUCCAAUCCCUCCCAAACAACAUAAUGACGAACAUCUUUGUCCUUUACUCGAACCAAGAACUAUAUCAAACCUCCGACCCUGUACAUGCCCAACUAGCCGACCUCCAAACCAUCUUUCCGACCUCCGCCUUCCUGAAAACCCAACGCGCACUCCUCUACUACCAUGCCCGGGAAUUCGACGAAGCAGAGGCAAUCUUCGACUCGAUCGUGAAGGCGGACCCCCACCGUCUUGACUGUCUGGACCACUACUCCAACAUCCUAUAUGUAAUGGAAAGAAGACCAAAACUCGGCUUUAUAGCCCAACUCGCUAGCGCAACCGAUAAAUUCCGGCCGGAAACCUGCUGUGUAGUAGGCAACUACUACUCUCUUAAGAGUGAGCACGAAAAGGCCGUCAUGUACUUCCGUCGUGCACUAACUCUCGAUCGGGGCUUUCUCAGCGCAUGGACGUUGAUGGGACAUGAGUAUGUUGAAAUGAAGAAUACACACGCUGCUAUAGAAGCAUAUCGCCGCGCCGUCGACGUAAACCGCAAAGACUACCGCGCCUGGUACGGCCUCGGCCUCUCGUAUGAAGUUCUAGAAAUGCACUACUAUGCCCUCUUCUACUUCCAACGCGCCGCCAGUCUCCGCCCCUACGACCCACAAAUGUGGCAAGCCAUGGGCAGCUGCUUCGACCGAAUGAACCGUCCCAGUGAGGCCAUAAAAGCCUACAAACGCGCCCUCAUAUCCCCGACAAACACCUCCCCGGACACGGCAGUGCUCUUGCAGAUUGGACUCAUGUUUGAAAAACUGAAUAAUCAGAAGGAAGCCUCCAGGUGGAUGGAGAUGUGCCUCAAGGAGGAGGACGAGAAUUCCGGUGUCACGCAGGCGACUAGUAAAGCUAGGAUGUGGCUGGCCAGAUGGGAGUUUGUGAAUCAGAAUUGGACGAAGGCGGCCGAGUACGCUAAUGAGCUCUGCCAGGAUGGACAGGAGAUUGAGGAGGCGAAAGCGCUUGUGAGGGAUUUGAGGAGUCGGAUGGAGGUUGGGAAGAUGUAGCAGUAGCGGUAGCGCUUUCUUCGUCAGAAUGGGGGGGUUGUAUGAUAGAUAUUGGUAGUUCAGCUAUUAUAUUAUUAUUAUAGUCGUAGAAAAGUUACUAGUAGGGUGCUAGUUGUGUAGAUGAAUUACAUUUUACCCACCUU